GCAGCACCCGGAGCAGCAGCAGCGGCAGCGGCAGCAGCGGGGGCGGCGUCGGCGGCGUCGGCGGCGCCGGAGGUAGCGGGGGUGGGCAGCAGCUCGAGAGCGGCCCGUCGGUAGCGGCCAGCAGCACCACCAGCAGCAGCAGCACCGCAGCGGCCAUCAUCAUGAGCGAUCGGGAGCGGGCCUCGUCGCCGACGUUGAUCGAGACGGGAUUAAAGACGCUGAUAGGCGGUCGCGAUAGCAACUAUCCGCUGAUAAGCGGGACGAAUGGUAAAAAGCAACCUUUUUUGGGGUUCUUCUGCGGUUCUUCUGGUCGUAAAACAAGCAAUAGCAAAGAUAUCUGCGGCGAGGACAAACACAAAGAGGAGGGCGACCCAUGGAACGUCGAUGCACACUCAGCGUUCCUGGGGCCCAACCUGUGGGAUAAGACCCUGCCCUACGACUCUGAUCUCAAAGUGCAUCAGUAUGCUGACCUGGACGAGUUUCUCUCGGAAAAUGGCAUUCCGUACGAUGGAUUGCCGAGCAGUCAUCUGGGCAACUCGACCAGCCUGCCCAGCCAGCGGUCGGACAGCCUUGGCCACUGUGCCGGCCUGUCGUUAUCCGGGCUGAGCCAGGUGACGACCAAACGCGAGCGCUCCCCAUCUCCAUCCGAUUGCAUGAGCCCGGAAACGAUGAACCCAGCGUCACCGGCCGAUUCAACGUUCUCGAUGUCGUCCACGCGCGACUUUGAUCCGCGAACGCGCGCCUUUUCGGACGAGGAGCUCAAGCCCCAGCCGAUGAUCAAAAAGUCCCGCAAACAGUUCGUGCCGGACGAGAUGAAGGACGACAAGUACUGGGCGCGCCGUCGAAAGAACAACAUGGCGGCCAAGCGGUCCCGUGACGCGCGCCGCAUGAAGGAGAAUCAAAUCGCGCUCCGAGCUGGUUACCUGGAAAAAGAGAACAUGAACCUACAUCGAGAGGUGGAGCAGCUGAAGCAGGAAAACAUGGAACUCCGUGCCCGCCUGUCCAAGUACCAGGAGGUAUAAUCUUAGGCUACCGUGUAAUACCAUCCCGUCAGCAGCAGCUACUGGCGCCUCCGUCACGACCCUUACCCCCUCGCCACGCCGCUUCUUUCGCCACCGUCACGUCACCACCACCACCAACCCCGCCACGAUCGCUACCAACCGUUACCACCGACUCCGCCGCCGCCGACAAAACGCAAACGCGGUGGCCGACGCGCCGAGGCGAGCAGCUAAAGUACGACGUUGAUACCGGGGAUGAUGGCCGCGCUGUUCGCAAGAUAGAUAAUAUUGUUUAGAGGAUAAAAUUCGCAACGUUUUGUUUCGUUCGUUUGUAGGUUCUCGGCAGUCUAGCGAGAGUAGCACAAGAGGCGCGCUCAGUACAGUUGUUAGUAGAAUGGCGUUUUUGUUUUUCGUUCUUUCGGCAGCUUGGGCCAUGAGGCCACACACACUAGACACUAGGCUAACAGCGUAAAUACUCCACAAAGAGCGCGCGUCAGGGAUGCGACUCGGCGAUCGCGUUGGUCAAUUCGUUAUUUGUUGGGAAAAGCAAAAUUGUCUCACGUUUGCUACGGCCGAAAGAGGGAACCUCCUUCGCGGGGCAUUCGUCAGCAAAAUAUGGGAGGCUAAAUGUUGAGAUUGGGUAGUUGAUGCCGACGACGACGACGGUGAUGUAGGGCUGUGAUCAAACACAAAACAAAGCAAAAAACGGCACAUCGACGCUGCUUCGUGGGCAUCGUAGCAGCAUAAAAGCAAUGUAAACGGUCACCAUCACCGGUCCCCUUGGCCCGGGUCAGUCCUCCGGUGCCGGUGUACCCCCCUCCGGUUUUGGAGCGGCCACCGGCCACCGGGAAAUGCCUUCGGAAAACUCUUCCAUAAAACCCGCUCUCGAGCCCGCGAGAACCCGCAGAGUCGGCUUCGUGUAACGAACCUCCGCGCGGGUCUCCGGCCGGUCUGCGGUCGCUGUAAAGUGAAUGAACAAGUGAAUGUACAAACAAUCUUCUAUCUUCUGCAAACUGAAAGAAGAAUCUUUCCUUCUGGACACUCCACACUCUGUGGGGGCCACUGUGGGCGGCCACAGAUUUUCGCGCCACUUCGCAAACCCACUUCGCCUCGUCUUCGCUCCAACUUUCAGCGUUUCACGCGCCCCUCUUUCUGUCCCCAGAGAGGGCGCGCACAAAGGAGACCGUUUUCUUCUGACAAAAAAAAACAAAACACAACAUAAACCACAUUAGACGGCCUCCGGUCGGUGGGUAGCACCGGCUUGUAGAGAGGCCCGCCCUUUGGCCGCUAAAAAUGCGUACGCAUAGAAUAGAGAGUUUGCUGUUGGAGGAUAGUUGAACCGUGUUGUUACCGUGUUGAAUGUUUCAGUUUGUUCGUUAUCGUUAAUCGUGUCUGCGGCGGCCACAGCAGCAGCAGAACAGACACCUUGGCCGAAACACACACACACACACCAGACAGACGCACACCCAAAAAGGAAAGGGGGCCUCUCCCGGCUCGGUAUACGAUGUGUCCGAUCGCAUCCUGUGCGCAUCCGGUUCCUCCCCGCGGGGACCUAUUCAUAUUACGACCUCACUCGUUAGGAACCAAAUGGAACCAUUUUGGGACACCAAGCACACACAGACACACACACAGGCACACAGAGGGAUCUGUUCUGAGUCUGCUGGCGAGGCCAGCAAGGUUGGUCGUCACCAUUUGAGCAAUGCAACCAAAGUUUCGGGCAGGAUCGGCAGGGUGAGGUGCUACGGGCGGCCAGAUGCCAGGCGUAGCCGGGAACGAGGCGUGACGUGGAAAGAAAGCGUGCAAAGAAUGAGAGAGGACGGCAAUUAAAGCGUUAAGAAAAGGAAUACAAAAGAAUACUAAAACCUAAAAAUGGAACGGGGAAAAUGAUCGAGAAAACAAUGAGAGUAAACAAUUAGUAGUCUGAUUCAAUUGUAGUGAUAGUAACAUUUAGUAAGAAGAACCCAAGGCGUUGAUGAGUAUGUUAUAUUUGUUAAGCGACUGUGAGACGCGAAGAGUGUGCGCGAGAGACGAAACACGAAACGAAACAACCAACCAACCAAACAAACAAAGCUAAAAAGGACAAUGAGACAAACCAAGCGCGUGUAGGCUAGAGAGGAAGAGAGCA